CAGCUAGGAUUAAUCUAAACAAACCCCUCACCGCACGUAGUACGCUCGCUAUUGAUUCAGAGUUCUGCGUUUCAUUCCAACAAUGGACAGACAAAGAUGGCUGGAUUUGGCGGGUUUCGCCGCUGUCGGCUGCAGUGCCUAUUUUUCGGGAGCGGCGUGGUACAUCAAUCUCGUGCAUGUCCCGACAUUGUUUGAAACAGUACACGAUACGAAGACACUCCUGGAGGAAUGGAGGUUGUGCUACAGUCUGUCUAGGAAAUAUCAGGGUAAAUUAGCCAUGGUUGGCGCCACCUCGGCGGCCGCCGUGUGGUACCUGAGUGAGGUGGGGGAGCAGCGGUGGCUGUGGCUGGCCGGGGGGCUGACUUUUAUCUCCGUGUGGCCCUGGACACUGCUGGCCAUGAUGCCCGACAUCAGCAAACUGCACGAGGAGGACGUGCUUAAGAAAGAAGGUGAGAGUUGGGUGAGAGAUAAAAUCAAGUUGUGGAAUAGACGACACGCCGUCCGUAGCGUCGUCUCCAGUCUGGCCUUUGACCUCCUAGCAGCAGCUGUCUAUCUAAACCGGAUGACGUAAACCGGAAGUCUACAAAGAACCGGAAAUGAAACAAAUCAUCAAAAUUUUGAGAAAUUGAAAUACGUCAUGAUUUAUCAAUAAGCUGGCCAUGAGAUGUAGAAAAGUAGAUUCAAGGUUUUUUUUGUGAUUUUAUUGUAUCGCAAAUCAAAUGACUGCAAUCAUUGCCUGAUUUAACGAGGCCGUGUCUAAUUUGUUCUGCCCUAGAUAUUUGGAUGAAACUUUUUACAUGAAUUUCUACUGAUAUAAUUAUUAUUUUAAGAUUAAAAAAUAAGACAUUUACCACACCGUUUGUUUAGGGGGUCAUCUCAAAGUUUGUUCGUCUUUAACAUAGGACCCUAUGGGAUUUUGCUUGAAAUGUAUCAAUUUUGCAUAUUUUUUUACAUUUUUUCAAAACUUCUGCCCUAGGGAUUUCUUUUUCUGUUCUACAUAUUAAAGUUAUUGCUAAAAGGCAUCAAAUUGUCAAAUAAAAAAAAACUUUUACCUCCUGGUUUGUUCCAGGGGUCUUAUCAAAGUUGAUUUUUGUAUGCCCAAUUUCCCAGAUUCGUCAGAUAAUGGCUAUUUUUUAUUUGACAAAGGCGGAAAAGGUGAUCUUCUUUGUAUUAUUAAAACAUUCGGACAUAUUUAAGUAAUAAAAAAAUAUAUAACAUCACAUAUUAAGGAUCAUUGAUAUAAAAUACAUGGUUACUGUCUUGAAAUAUAUGAAUUAAGCUAUAUUUAGGCGGGUUAAGAAAACGUGACAGAGGGCUAGGCUUGCUGAACCCUCUUCAUGUUUUCGACCCGAGCCCUAAUAUAGCUUAUACUUCGAGAUAUUUAUGUUUAUUCCACAAUAUAACAUUAUUAUUUUUACGCAUCAAACGAGACAUUUUCUACAAUUUUCGCUGAAUAUCUGCAGUUGAAACUAUAACGCCAUGGUGUCAACUAAGCAAAAAGAUGACGUCACAAAACAAAUGAAACGCUGCGCGAAAGCGUGCGUACUCGUUCUGUACUCGGCCUCGUUAAUUUACAGGAUUUUUUUCAUAUAUGUUAUACUUUUGUUUUACCAAAUGCAAUAAAAGUGUUUCACAUACCUGUACAUGCC